AUGUCGAAAAAGAAGCUUGUCAAAGGUAACACCAUUGAAGUCACCCAUGGUUGUAGUGAUAUUGUGGAUUGUGCGGUAGCGGAAAAGAAAGAUGAUCCCAGAGUUUUCACAAUUCCUUGUACCAUUGGAAUGCAUGUGUUUCCAAAAUCCAUAUACGACCUUGGUGCAAUGAUCAACCUCAUUCCCUUUAUUAUCUACAAGAAUCUUGGUUUGAAUGCCCCUACCCCGACCUCUAUGCAACUCUUAAUGGUGGACCGAUCUAUCAAAAGGCUGGUGGGAAUUUUAUUUGAUGUCCUAGUUAAAGUGAACAAGUUUAUACUUUCAGCAGAUUUUAUGGUCUUGGACUGUGAAACGGAACAAGAGGUACCUAUCAUACUUGGUCGUUCAUUUUUACCCUUUAGAAGGGCCAUUGUUGACUUAGAAAUGAGGGAGAUAAAGUUUAGGGUAAAAGUGGAUGAGGUCACUUUCAAGGUUUGUAAGAUGAAGAAGCAAUCCAUAGAGCUUCAAGUUAUGUCUGUGGUAGAUGUAGAGAUUGCAGAGGCGAGUUAA